UGAAAAUGGUGCGAAUAUGGGCCGUGGCCGCAUCCAGCGUCGCCCCGCGAUCCGACGGACCUGCUCUGUAUUCGUAGCCGUCGGGGGAAUUGGAACGAGAGUUGUUUAUGUGCUUACAGUAGGAAGUACUCUGUUACUCGAACGAAAGAAAAAGACAGUUGGUUGGUGUUUCAACCCUGUGCGUCGUUUACGUCCGAUAUUUUAUUUCCGAUAUUCGCGUCGUGGUGCGUUAUUCGAGGAAAGAUCGCGUCCACAUCCUAUAGCACAGGGUUGAAAUAUGCCGGAGGAACAAAAGUCCGUCGGUGGUCCACCGGAAGUGACUGCGGAAAAUGGAACAAAUUCUCCAACGAAAAGUCCAGUGAGCAAAGGAAAGACGGCUAUCGCGAAGAUCACCUUGCUCGAUGGAACCGUCAAAGACUUCCACAUCGACAGGAAGGCGAAAGGCCAAGAACUGCUCGACAUGAUUUGUCAAAGUAUGAAUCUGCUUGAGAAGGACUACUUUGGCCUUAUUUACGAGGACAGGCACGAUCCACGAAACUGGUUAGAUCUCGACAAAAGGAUUACGAAAUUUGUAAAAAACGAACCAUGGAAAUUCAAUUUCGAGGUGAAGUUCUACCCCCCAGAUCCAGCUCAAUUACAAGAAGACAUAACGCGAUAUCAGUUGUGCCUUCAGAUAAGAAACGAUAUUAUCACAGGACGAUUGCCGUGUUCUUUCGUGACUCACGCUCUUUUAGGUUCGUAUUUAGUACAAUCUGAAGUUGGAGAUUAUGACCCGGACGAGCACGGCCGUACAUAUUUGAAGGAUUUCAAAUUUGCUCCGAAUCAGACGUCGGAGCUGGUUGAGAAAGUGAUGGACCUGCACAAGACGCAUAAGGGUCAAACACCCGCCGAGGCGGAGCUACACUAUCUCGAAAACGCGAAAAAGUUGGCAAUGUACGGAGUCGAUCUCCAUCCCGCUAAAGAUUCCGAAGGUGUCGACAUAAUGCUAGGUGUAUGCUCGUCGGGCCUCCUCGUUUACAGGGAUCGAUUACGAAUCAAUCGAUUCGCUUGGCCAAAGAUCUUAAAAAUCUCCUACAAGAGGCAUAAUUUUUACAUAAAAAUUAGACCGGGCGAGUUCGAGCAAUUCGAGUCCACGAUUGGUUUCAAACUAGCGAACCACAGAGCGGCAAAGAAAUUAUGGAAAGUUUGCGUGGAACAUCACACUUUCUUCAGGCUCAUGAGUCCAGAGCCUGUUAAGAAAGUAGGAUUGAUACCACAUUUGGGUUCUCGAUUCCGAUACUCUGGGAGAACACAUUACGAGACGAAAAAGACUCCUAUCGACAGGCAGCCUCCGCAAUUCGAAAGAUCUUUGAGUGGUCGUCGUCCUACGUCUCGCAGUAUGGAUGCGUUAGGUGGGCCUAAACAGGUUGAAAGUUAUGGUUCAGAACCAAGCAAGAGGCAUACGAUGAGUUAUGAGCCUGAAAUGAUUCCCGAUAUGGAGCACAUAGAUCAACGGCCUAGCCCAAUUAAAAAGCAAAAGGAAAAGCUCACACGCAAAACAAGUGCUGGAACGACAUCAGCUAGCAGUACCAGUAGCCUGGAAGGAGAAUAUGAUGCAGAUCGUGGCAAAAAGAAACCGGUCGGAGGAAUCGCAGUCCUACCGCCCGGUGGUCUAUCUAAGAAGAAAAAGGAUAAGCAAAACGAAAAUGAAAAGGAAAAUCAUAAUGAUCUCAACAACUCUGAUCUGAUAAAUGAAAGUGCUAUCCUCGACAACAACGACACGAAGUCGCCCACUAAAAAAGAACUAAAAAAGAAAGAUAAGGAAACGCCAGAGAAACGUGAUAAAGAUAAAAAAGAGAAAAUAAAGAGUCCUGUCGGUGGCUUCCUAUUUGGCAAAAAGGAAAAGGAUGCAAAGCAGAAGAAGCAGAAAAAGAACAAAGAACUCGAAGAAUCACUGGAGAAAAGCGAUACGGAAUCAAAUCUUUCUACGUUUGAAAAACAAGUGAAACCUUUAACCGAAACGUCAAAUAUCGAAAAGGCGAGAACGACUCCAGAAUCUCCACAGCCUCCCAGCUAUACAAAACCCUACGAUUACGAAGAAACGGAAACAUCUCCAACAAAGAAACCUUUUACACCGCAUGGAUUUUCAUACGAAGAUAGACCAGCAUCGCCCGGCAUUCAAAAUCAACAGUCGCCGACUGCUGCGAGUCGCAAAGCUACUGGCUUAGCUUUUAAUUAUGCCCCAGGUGAGGAUAAGAAAGUAGCAGAAUCAGCAGAAAAAAGGAAAACCAAAGAAGCAGAUACUAAUAAGCCCACUGCAGGAUUAAAGACUCCAGGCCUCAAUUAUGUAGAAUCUGCAGGAUUAAAAGAACAGCAAAAAGCUGCGUGUCAACCAGAUAUCGAUAAAAAUGCAUCGGCAGCUUUUAUUGCUGCUGAACAACAACAAGAAGGUGCUGAUUAUCAACCUACCGCAAGUCAAUUACCGGUUACAGAUACCAUUCCGGAAUACCAUAUUUUACCGCUUCCCGAUGGUUCAAAGGUUAUUAGAGGUGUUAUUUAUACCAAAGAUGGAAAACCUUUAGAUCAACAUCAUCUUGGCCCAGAAGCCAGUAAAGUAAUAAAUGGAAAAGUUUGCACGAAAGAUGGAAAUCCAAUUAAAAAAGCUGACUUCGGUCCCCAUGGAAUUUAUAUCAACAAUGGUGUAAUUACAACUAAAGAUGGGAAACCCGUCAAUCAAACAUCUCUAGGCGUUGAGAGAAAUUUGAUUAAAGAUGGUAUUAUAUAUGGUUGUAAUGGACAAAUAGUUGACCAACAUUUAUUGGGACCAGAGCACUCGUUAGUCAAAGAAGGCAAAAUUGUGAUGAAAAAUGGAAAACCGGUACAAUACAGUCAGUUGGGUUCCGAUGGAACGUACAUAAAAGAUGGUUUUAUAUUCACUUCGGGUUCUAAACCGCUUACACAAGGUUCGUACGGUAUAAAUGGAAAUUAUAUCGUUACCGGAAUAGUGGUUGAUAAAAGUGGAAAACCUUUGAAUCAAAUUGCAAUUAUACCUGAUCAAACAUACGUUUACGAUGGUUUAAUUUAUGGACGAUCAGGAAAUGCCCUUGACGAUGGUACUUUGGGUCACGAAGGUCAUCAUAUAAAGGACGGAAAAAUUUAUUCCAAAGAUGGUAAACCGGUAAAACAUGAAUCCUUUAGUUCGGAUGGAUCUGUCAUAAAAGACGGUAUAAUUUAUUCAAAGGAUGGAAAAUUUUUGAGUCAAGGAUCUUUACUUCCUUGCGGUGCUUAUUUAAAAGAUGGAAAAAUCGUUGGUAAAGAUGGGAAACCUGUUAAACAUGCAUUUUAUAAACUUGAUGGAAGUUUUAUCAAAGAUGGUAUUAUAUAUAGCAAAGAUGGUAGACCUCUAAGUCAGAUUCCUUUAAUAGCCGAUGGAAGCUUUGUUAAAGAAGGUAUCGUAUACGCUAACGAUGGCAAACCGUUAUCGCAAAAUCUUUUCAAACCUGAUGAUAUCAUAAUUAAAGAUGGUGUAAUUCAUGAUGCAAAUGGGGUAACACUAUCAAAUGCCUUUCUUGGGCCAGACGGUCUUUUGAUUAAAAAUGGAUGUAUAAUAGGAAAAGAUGGUAAACCAGUUAAACAAGAAUCUUUUGGCUCGAAUGGAAGCUAUAUUAAGAAAGGUAUUAUUCAUUCGAAAAGUGGUAAACCUCUUAAUCAAGAUUCAUUAAUACCUGAAGGUGCGGCUAUCAAGGAUGGUAGAUUGUAUACUAAAGAUGGAAAGACUUUGAAGUUCUCAUUUUUCAAACCAGAUGGAAGUUACAUUAAAGAUGGUCUUGUGUAUGGCAUGGAUGGUAAACCUUUAAAUCUUUGUUCGGCUCUUCCGGAAGAUAGUUCCGUUGCAAAUGGAGUAAUCUUCGAUUACACUGGCACGCCUUUAACUAAGGAUAUCUUUGGAUCUGAUGGUUCAUACGUUGCUGGUGGUAUUAUUUGUGGAAAGGAUGGCAGAAUAAUUUCAGAGGGUGUUUUUGGACCUGACGGAAAUAUUAUUAAGAAUGGACUGAUCAUCGGUAGAGAUGGAAAACCGUUAAUUCAAGAUGACAAAGGACCAGACAAUUUAGCUAUAAGAGAUGGAAAAGUUGUUGACAAUCAAGGAAAUCCUAAGAAUUUAGCAUCCCUUGUUCCAGAUGGAUGUUAUAUUCGAGAUGGUGUAAUUUAUGAUAAGAACCAAUGUCCUCUGAAGCAAGGGGCAUUUAAACCUGAUGGAAGUUACAUCAGAGAUGGUCUUAUAUAUGGAUGGGGUGGUCAGUUGUUAAAUGCUGGUGCUGCUCUACCUACUGGCACUUACAUCGACGAAGGAAGGAUAUAUGGAAAAGACAAACAACCUUUGAAUCACAGUUCAUUUGGUAUCGAUGGAGGAUACAUUGUUAAUGGUUAUAUUUACGGCAAAGAUAAAAAGCCGCUUAGUCAUGGAACGUUUGGAAAUGACGGAAGUUACAUAAAAAAUGGUUUAAUACACGAACCAAAUGGAAAAUUACUAAAUCGAAAACAAACAAUAGUUACUGUUACGCUUGUUCGUUAUGGUUUAGUAUAUGGCAGCAAUGGUAAACCAUUAAAAUCUGGAGAUUUCGAUACGAACGGUAGCGUUAUUAAAGAUGGAAGAAUCUACGAUCACACAGGUCAACCUUUAAAUCAGGCUUCUUAUGGAAACGACGGAAGGUUUAUUAAAGAUGGUCUCAUUUACGGAAGUAACGGGAAACCGAUGUCUCGAGGUACGCUACCACCAGAAACUGGUUACAUUAGAAACGGAAAAAUUUAUGAUACGAAUGGACAGCUGCUUACGCAAGAAGCGUUUGGCCCUGAAGGUGUGAAAGUAAUACAGGGGGUUGUGGUGGAUAAAACUGGUAAAAUUUUAAAAGAAGGAAAUUUCGAUACGGAAGGCAACAUUGUCAAAGAUGGUGUAAUUUGUACACCCACAGGCAUACCUCUUGAUAAAUAUUAUACCGUAAUUACCAUCACUUCGGUUCGUAAAGGUUUACUUUGCGAUAAAGAUGGAAAACCGGUGAGACAAGCACCAUACGCGAACGAUGGAAGCUACGUUAAAGAUGGCAAACUUCAUGACAUGUUUGGUAAACUAAUGAAUCAAGAAAUCUUUGGGGAAGAUGGAGCAUUUGUGAAGGAUGGCAUGAUUUUCGCUAGCACUGGACAACCUUUAGACAGCGAUUCUAUUCUGAAGGAUAUACAAGACACGACAAAGCCUGCCUCUUCAAAGACAAAGAAAACCGUAGCUUCAAGCACUGCUCCAACAAUAGUGAAAACAACAACUAAGCAAUCGGUGGUGAAGGACCAGGAAGGAGUGACUCAAAAUAUCGAAGAAAAAAUUGAGGAUCUUACACCUGGAGGGACAGGCCAAGUAACGGUUUCCACACAAAUUAACAAGGCAGAGGCACCAGAUGACGGUAGAGCCCCGUAUAUGACAGCGACUGCUGUUACCACGCGUACUGCUACAAUGCAUGAAGACCUCGAAAAGAAUCAAAAAACUAGUCAGGUAGAAGAAAAGACUGUAGCACAUACAACUGCGACCAGUGCAACAAGACAGGAGCAGAGAGUAGUAACUCAAGAAGUUCGAACAACAAGUCAUGUACUUUCUGGUGAACAGCUGUUCUCACGAAGGCUCAGUACAUCCAGUUCAAGCAGUGAUGAUUCAGGUACUCCAAUUGACCUUGAAGAUGAUCAACAGGCUUUCUACAAUCAAUAUUAUCAGGGUGAUCCGGCUGGUGUUGUGGCGACUGAAACACAUGUUUACAAAGGAGAGCCGGAGAAUAACGUAACAACAACUACGACAGUUCCAUUAGUAGCAACUGAAACUAGGAAAGUAGCUGUAGAAAGUGAAGAUGGUUUGUACAGUGCAACCGGAGAAAUAGUUAGUUCUCAAACAAUAUCCAGUAAAACUCGUACUGUUGAAACAAUAACGUACAAAACUGAACGAGAUGGAGUUGUAGAAACUCGAGUAGAACAAAAAAUAACGAUACAAUCAGAUGGUGAUCCAAUUGAUCACGAUCGAGCUUUGGCAGAAGCGAUUCAAGAAGCCACUGCAAUGAAUCCCGAUAUGACUGUAGAAAAAAUAGAAAUUCAACAGCAAACGGCGCAGUAACCGAUUUAAAACAUUUUUGUAAGAAACAAAGGGCACUCUUUAUCUAAAAGAUAUAAUGUUGGUAGCUGUAAAAACUAGAAAAUUAAAUUAUCGUACAUUGACGUGUAUUUAAAUAAUGCACGGGAAACAAUCGGACCGAAUAUUGCCAUUAACAAUUUAAGUAUUAUAUUGUAAUCGAGUACGUCAAAAUUAAUAUCUUUUCUCUAAGAAUUGAAAAACAUGAUUUCUUAUAGCAAAUGUUUCCCAAUAACACGAGCUUGAACUUGAUUAAAAAUCAAGUUACUACAGGAAGAAACAUGAACCGUGUUUCUUUCGAAAAAAAUCGAGGUACCUAGUAUCGUAAACUAGUGUUCAUAUUCAGAGUAUCUAUUGUUUACAUAUACAGAGGUGUACGCAUGUGUAUACAUAUUGUGUAUACAUACCCAUGUACUCAUGUAAACAAAAAAUUAUCUGAUAAUAAUUAUAAAGAUAAGACAGAGUGCCCCAUAAACUUACAUUACUGUUUCAUAGUAAAUAAAAUCAUGAUAUUCAUGCGAUGUUGCGUGUGACGAAUGUAGUAUGUCACUCGUAUAAAAAUUUGUUCGGACAUUACAUACAUACGCUAAAGUAUUAAUAAGCUUCAUUUUUAUUUUAUUUUUUUACGUUUUCGCGGACUUGCUUUCCGUUAUAGUUAAAAUUUCUAUUUUUAAAACUUUUUCCGUGAGCCUAAUAUAGUUAAGAACGAAUAUAAUUCUAAACAAUAUUACAGUUGAAAAAUGUUUUGAGAAAUUAAAGAUAUUUAAGUAUAUUAUUAAUAUCUAAACGGAUUAUACAUUUAUUAUACAUAUAAAUAAAAAUACACAGUACGACAAGCACGUAUAACGAUUACACGUUUAGUGUAAUUUCAUGAGUCUGUUGAUACAAAGGAUUUACUCAAAGACGAAUACAUGGAAAGUAAUAGCGAAAUAUGUAUAGUACAUAAGUGACAGGCAUACAAAAAAAUACUUUUUCCAUCGCUUUCAUGCGAUUUAAGCGUAGCUUCUCCGCAAUACUUUACUGUAUAGUCUCAUUACUUAUUUGUGACAUACUUUUUUUCUUGAAAACAAAUUUUUACGUGACGUUUAUUACGUGACAAAGUCAAAGUCCUCUAAAUAUAAAAUAUUAAUAUAUUUAAAUAAUAAUAUAAAUAUCUAUACCUGUCUGACGAAAAUAGAAAAAAAUCUACAAAGUUUCCAAUAACCUAAAAUAUUAGUACCCAGCAAUGUAAAAUAGAAAGAAAAAUAUAUGUUGCGGACAUUGCUAUUGUAUACAAUUUUUAUUUAAUAAUUUAAAAUGUGUAUUCGGAAACUAUGUAGAUUUUGUUAAAUUAUACACUUCAAGAAUGAUAAGAAUUAUUAGUAAUAAAUAUGGGUAAGAUAACAGAGUUUGUGGCAAAACCCUUAAAUUAAGGUUACAUGAAGUUUAUUGCCAUUGUUUGUGUCGUUUCCUUCUUUGGAAAAUGUUGGACAAUGUUGGAAAACUGCAAAUAAUCGUAAUCGAGGAUUUUGCCCAACUUUGUAAGAUAAUAAAUUAUAUGUAUCUAACUUCAUACCAAGAGCUAUGAUGCAUUGGUCAGCGUAUAUGUCUAAAUUUAGCUGUAACUUUUGUGGUUUUAAGACUACAAUUUCAUAUAUAAGAUUUUGUUUGUUCAAUAGUUUAUUUAAUUAUUUUAUAAAACGUGAGAAAUUAUGCUAAGAAGGAGAAAAGGCUGAUAACCUGAAUCUACAAUAAAAUUAUUAAGAUUCAAAUCACAUUUCUUUGAAGAAAUAAUGCUAUAUAUAAAUAUUAAAGCAUACCGCAGCUUCACAUACUUAUGUAUGAAUAAUAUGUAUAUUAUACGUGCGGAAAUUGUGAAACAGCAUUAAGAUACGCAUAUUACACUGUACGAGGCUUGUUUAUACCUUUGUUCUUCAAAAUGUUGUUCAAACAACUAUUACAUGUAUAUUACGCUUGCAUUUGCACAAAGCAUUUAUUCUGUAAUGCUAAAUAAUAUUUUCACGUGUUAAUUAUAAACUAACCUUUUUUACUUUUCUACUUUUUACAUAAACUUAACUGGAUUAAAUGUUCAUGUAUCUAUUAGUUUUGGAAAAAAGUUAGAUUUUAGCUGUUUACGUUCAUUAUUUUUUUUUUCGAGAGUAAAUAAUUUCCUCUUGUCGUAUAGAAUUAUCAUAGGGUAUGUGGUAUGUGGUAUGUAGAACAAAGGAUAAUCGUUAAGCGUCUACGUGCAAUUUGCAUUUUGUCUUGUAAGUUAGAUUUGUUAUACGCUGGCAGCUAAUAUUCGAAUGUUAUAAAAUAUAACGAUUCAGUAAUCUCAUUUUAUUUCGUAGCCUUAGCACAUAAUUUAAGUCAUGCUCAACCAUUGUAUUAGUUCUUUUUAUUCCUGAACAUUAUUUAUGAGCAGUUCAUAUACACAGAUUUCAUAAAUCGUUUUUAAUGAUUCGAUAUGACAGAAGGCAGUAAAGUUACGAUAAAGAAGAAAUUGAUUUUCUACUUGUACCUUUUAUACCAUGUAAUAUUAUAGUUUAUAUAUUUGUUUUUAUUGUACCUAACAUUCCAUGCUUAUAGUGACUAACAAGUAUGUACUAUAAAUACCUGUGUCAUUUAGAACUUAUUUAUUUAAUUUUUCAUAAAAAUAUAAUUGUCAUAAUUUUAUACCAGCUCUGCUCGAAGAAAUUGCUACGCGGUUAUGCUCGAUUCAUGACCUAAACUAAACUUGUUUUCGCUACGUGUCAGAUUCGUGUGCUUUAUAUGCUUUACCGAGCAUACAAAGUCAAGCUUUAAAAGUUACACGUAUAUGUAUCUUCAAGCAGUGUACAACCGUAGUUACUAGUAUUUUGUACUUUAAUACUUCUGUUGUUUAUUUAGUGAUAACAUAAUAAUUAUAAUAUUAUAUACUUAAUACUAUACUUUUAUAAUGUCAUAAUUAUACUGUAAUGGUAUUUCGCGCGUAAGAAUAUCUGCAUUAACUAUUUAACUAUGCACGUUUUGUUAUAUUUAAAUUGAAUUAUUGUUUUACACGCAUGAACUUUGAUGUACUUUAUUUCACAAUUAGAUAUAAAGAACAUUACGUUAUAUGCACAUUUAUAUGAUAUAAACAUUGCCUUAAAUGCUAGAAAGUUGUAUAAAAUAUUAUUGUAUCUAGUUUGCUGUCAGCUUUUUACAUAGUCUGCCAUAUAUGUAUUUCAGCGAAAUUUUAUUAUAGAUUUUAUUUUUAUCUUGUACACGACUUUCCAGCAUAAUAAUGAAUAAUUUAAAUGGUAAUUAUUUAAUAGAGUGCGCAUAUUAUAAAAAAAAAUUAAACAUCAAUGAAAAAUAUAUAAUGAAUUAUAAAUAAUUUUCUAAAAAAGAAUAUUAAUAAAUAAGAACACACAUCUAAUUAAAAGAAUCUGUUUUCUUGCAUGCAUAUAUGUAUAGUAUCCAAUAUUAUACACAAUUUAUAUUGUGCAAUGUUACAUGUGUAGUUUGUUAUUUUUCGAAUUCAUUGUUGUAACGUUGUGAAGGUGAAUAAUGAGGAAU